GCGUGUAAAUGGCGCAAAAGCCCCGCGACGAGCGAGGACCAGACGAAUGCCUGUCAUUAAAAACAAGUAAACACGAUCUCUUUCGCUUUGCGCGACAUUUAGACUUUAUCCAGUGAGUUUAUUAUUAUUUACAGAUGUUGACUUUCAGGUGUAAACGCAGCUGUGUUUCAGUCUGUUGACCUUUAACCCCUAAAGUAAGUUAACGUUACUCUGCCGUCGUUACAUUUGGUCGGCGGCGGCUCAGAUUAUAAUCCCGACCGAGUUUAAUUUAAGUGUAGUUUUAAUAUUUAAUUGUUAAACACAGUGGAUUGUGAAGUAAACAGUGAAGGCAUGAAUAAACGAGAAGGUGAAGGAUGUCCCCGGAAAAAUGCUGAUGCAGUGCAGGAUCGUGACGCGAGCGCCAACCCAUCCUCCCCCAUCAUCGCUGUGUUCAAAGUCUUCCAGCAGGAGCUCGACACCAAACACGACAAGUAUGAGCGGCUUGUUAAGAUCAGUCGAGACGUCACCAUCGAGAGCAAGAGGACAAUUUUUCUUCUACACAGAGUGACCAGUGUGCCAAAUGCAGAGGAUAUUCUGAAUGAGGCAGACGUGAAACUGGAUGCAGUCCGACAGAAGAUCGGUCUAAUUGCUGAAGAGCUCAGAGGAGAGGACAUCUAUCAGUUUCACAGAGCUUUCACCGCAGGGAUCCAGGAGUAUGUGGAGGCCGUCUCUUUCCUGCACUAUAUCCGUCACCGCAGCCUUAUCAGCCUGGAGGAAAUCAACGCCAGACUGGUGUUCAUGAGAACAGAGAAGGUCGAUCCGAAGGGCUCGGACGAAGCCCUGCCGCUGGGAGCUCAGGUCCUGACCUUCCAUGUGACCCCCUCGGACUACCUGCUCGGCGUGGCCGACCUGACCGGAGAGCUGAUGCGGAUGUGCAUCAGCAGCGUGGGCAACGGCGACAUCGACACGCCGUUCCAGCUGAGCCAGUUCCUGCGGCAGAUCCACGACGGUUUCUCCUACAUCGGGAACACGGGCCCGUACGAGGUGUCCAAGAAGCUGCACACACUGCGACAGAGCCUGGGCAAAGUGGAGGACGCGUGCUACGCCCUGCGUGUCCGAGGCUCAGAGAUCCCCAAACACAUGCUGGCCGACGUGUUCUCCAGUAGGACCACGCUCCUCGACCCGGAGGAAGGAGUGGUUUAAUUCCUGCACAGUUUACGUUAUGUUCCCUAGGGUGUCAUUGUCUGCUUUGAGUUUUUUUCUCCAGUUUGAUGGUUGUCUGAAUUUUUAAUGGAAUUUGACAGAUGUUUAAAAUGUUUCAUGCUGUUUGUUAUUGUUGUAAUAAAAACAAAUUAACAAUAGACAGUUUUUUUUUCUUUGAUAAAGAUCUGAUGACUUCACUUGUUUUGCAUGAAUAAAAGUUCUGUGCCAAAUAUGC